AUGGAUGACCGCAGGAUCGAUGUACACCACCAUUUUGUGCCAAGCUUUUACAGGGAAGCUGUUGAGUCAGUGGGUGGUGAUCCAUCCGGCUGGGUCGUUCCUGACUGGAGCCCGGAGGAAGACGCCGCAGUCAACGACAAGUUCGGUAUCAAAACCGCCAUACUGUCUCUCACCGCACCUGGCGCAUGUAUCCUCAAAGACCCAAAGGCAUCGGCGGAGCUUGCCCGCAAGGCGAAUGAAUAUGCAGCAAAGCUUCGCGACGAGAAGCCCAACCAAUAUGGCUUCUUUGCGGCUCUACCCAAUAUCUUGGACAAGGAGUAUGCUCUGCGUGAGAUAGCAUACGCCUAUGACGUCCUCCGGGCAGAUGGCGUCACCCUUUUUACUCGCUACGGGGACGGCAACCACUAUUUAGGCCACCCCGACUUCAGGGACAUAUGGGCUGAGCUGAACCGUCGCUCCGCCAUCGUCCAGGUGCACCCCACGCACCCGGUCGACACAGCGCAAGUGAGCGGCCUGCCCCAGCCAGUGAUCCGCUAUCCAUUUGAAACGACACAAGCGGCUAUAGAUAUGCUAUAUCAGAAGACUGUGCGGAACAAUCCGGCCUGCAAGAUUAUUCUGUCGCAUGCAGGCGGUGCACUCCCUUAUCUUAUUAGUCGCCCAGCCAGCACUUUGCCUCAGGAAGAGUAUGAUGCAUUCUGGGAUGAUGCACGAAGCUUCUAUUUUGACACUGCGUUAUCUGGCACGGACAACGUAUUCCGAACCUUGGAAAGCUUUGCCAAGCCAGGCCAUAUUCUGUAUGGAAGCGAUGCACCAUACGCGCCCGAUGACCUGAUAAAAUUCCAUACGUCCCGACAGGACCAGUAUUUGUGGGAUAAUUCGAACCUGCGAGCAGAUAUCAAUCGUAAAAGUGCGCUUCUGUUGUUCCCGCGGCUGAAAUAA